UACCCACAAGAAAACGCGGAAGACCGGCCGGGAAAUGUCGCAAGCCAUUAAAUCGGGAACAGAGAAAAGCGCGCAACGCACAAUAUGAGAGAGAAAGGCGCGGUGAAAUCGCUGAGGCAACAUCUCAGCUGAUGGAUGCCAUAGGAUUGGACUCCACUUCUGUAUCGGUAGCAAAUUUACUGCACAUCACGUUAGAGCACUUAAAGACUAAAUUGACCCCAUCACAAUCCAUAGAAGCUUUAAGGAAAAGAAACGACGAUUUGUGCAAAGAAAUACAAGACCUAGAACAUUUAUUAUCAAAGCAACAAAAGAAAGAAAAGAAGGGAAGUUCAAGUUCCAGUAAAAUAAAUAAGCGAGGAAUAAAAAGAAAAGCAGAAAACGAACCACCGUCUAAUAUAAUUAAAUCAGAAGAAACUGACAGUGUUGUAGAAAUAUCUGAAUACGAGUUUGAGAUGGAAACUGACGACCUAUGGAGUUGCCUCGGAUGAAGAAUAUAGUAAACGAUUUGGCGACGACCUAUUUGCUUGGAUACCAAAUAAACUGCAUGCGAUAUUAAAAUAUAGACUGACCAGGAAAAUAGAAAUCCUAUUAUGGGGCGCCUCAAUCGACUUAACAUCUUCGCGAAGAAAUUCUAUAUUUUCCCACAUGGUGAGGUGUCUUAUAUUUCUGGUCAAGUUAUAAUAAUUAUCUUGAAACAAUGGCUUGUGACAUCUGAAGAUCGUUAAUCAUAACCUAUUUAAUUAGGGAGAAAGUGCAAUAACAUGUUGUAAUUACAUUUAUUGAUUGAAUUUUUAACAAAAUCGACUA